AUGGAAAAGAAGAAAAAAAUUGACGAGGCCAUCAAAAUUCUCGACCAAUUUCUGGACAAUCAAAUUUGGGUUGCAGGACAAGAACAACAGAAAAUGGCAUCUAUCACAUCAAGCAAGACUUUGCUGAAUCUGGCAAACCUUAACUUGAGAAAUGUUGCCCGAAGGAGCCUUUCGACAUCAAAUGUGGUCGCAACAAAACAAAUGACUGUUAGGGAUGCUUUAAACUCAGCCUUGGACGAAGAAAUCGAACGGGACGAAAGAGUUUUUCUGAUGGGUGAAGAGGUGGCUCAGUAUGAUGGCGCUUAUAAAGUUUCCAGGGGGUUGUGGAAAAAAUAUGGCGACAAGAGGAUUAUUGAUACGCCCAUCACAGAAAUGGGUUUUACAGGCAUCGCCGUGGGGGCCGCGAUGGCCGGCCUGCGGCCCAUCUGCGAGUUCAUGACCUUCAACUUCGCCAUGCAGGCCAUCGACCAGAUAAUAAACUCGGCCGCCAAAACGAUGUACAUGUCGGCGGGCCGCGUGAACGUGCCCAUCGUGUUCAGGGGCCCGAACGGCGCGUCGGCCGGCGUGGCCGCGCAGCACUCGCAGUGCUACGGCGCGUGGUACGCGCACUGCCCCCGGCCUCAAGGUCGUCUCGCCCUACAACUCGGAGGACUGCAAGGGGCUGCUGAAGGCGUCGAUCCGCGACCCCGAUCCGGUGGUGUUCCUCGAGAACGAGAUCCUCUACGGCCGGUGGAGACCGCCCUACUGGGCGCCAACGAGUUGGCGGGGCAAGGCAUCGAGGCCGAGGUAAUAAACCUGAGAUCCCUUAGGCCGCUGGACACGGAAACGAUCAAGCAAUCGCUCGCCAAAACCAACCACUUGAUGACGGUGGAGCAGGGUUGGCCCAUGUGCGGGAUCGGGGCGGAGAUUAUGGCCCAAAUAAUGGAAAGCCAGGCUUUCUUCUACCUGGAUCAGCCCGCCUUGAGGCUGACGGGGGUCGAUGUCCCCAUGGCGUACACCAAAACCCUGGAACAACACUCCAUUCCCGUGCCCGCAGACGUCGUCUCGGCCGCGAAGAAGUUGUUGAAAGUUCAAUAA